AGCUUUACAUGUGAUCAAGCUACACAAAUUUCACAAAAUUUAUUAAAUUAUUAUAAUAAUGAACCAUUUUUUAAUUUAACAACUUUAGAACUACGAGCAUAUUGGAAGCAUAUUUCUUAUCAGGCUGGUGCAUUAAAAAUAUUGGCUCUAAAAAUAUUUGCAAUUCGCCCUUAUUCUGUUGGAGUAGAACAACUUUUUUCAUGCAUGGGCAUGACAAAAACAAAAAUUCGAAACCGAUUAGCUACUUCAAUCUUAAAAAUGAUUUCACAAAUAAAUCUUGCUUUAUCUAUAGAAGUUUCUAAAAAAAAUUCAACUAAAAAAUUAGUUGAAAAAGAUAAAGAUAUUGAUAAUUUAGAUAAUUAUUAUAAAGAAUUAUUUUUUUCAGAUUUUACUAAAGAAGAAGAUAAUAAAUUAGAAUUUAGUCACAUUCAAGAAAUUUCUUUAGAAUCAAUUCAAAAUAAUUCAGAGUCAUUUAUAGAGGA